AUGUCUUCUUCCGUUUUCUUCAGGUUCAAGAACCAGAAGGAUGUGCAGAGAGUGACCUUCGAUGGCACUGGUAUCUCGGUCUUUGAGCUCAAGCGAGACAUAAUCAACAUGAGCAGACUCGGUGACGGCACCGAUUUCGACUUCAACAUCUACAACCUCGACACUAAUGAAGAAUACAACGACGACACAUCCAUCAUCUCCCGCGGAACGACCGUUCUCGCCAGACGCCUUCCUGCUACCAAGCCUGGUGCUGGCAGAGCCGCGCGUUAUGUUUCCGGCAAGAUGCCCGUCAUGGCAAAGAACCAACAUCGUAUCGAAUCCUCCAGAUCUACAGCUACAGCCAGCACCCCCAUGGGUAAUGGCGCCCCUCAGGACAUGAACCCUAACAUGACCGAAGAAGAGAAGAUCGCAGCCAUGUUCCAGGCAGGUGGUGCUCAGUGGGAGCAGCAACAACAAGAGAUGGCCAGCCAGAAGGCCGUCCACCGUACUGGCGGCUUCCAAAAGACAGCAAACGUUCCCGACAAGCCUCUGCCCCCUGGUUACACCUGUCAUCGCUGUGGUGAAAAGGGUCACUGGAUCCAGGCAUGUCCCACCAACAAUGACCCCAACUUCGAUGGCCGCCCCAAGUUUAGACGUACCACUGGUAUUCCCCGCUCCUUCCUAAAGGUCGUCGAGAAGCCGACUGCACUAUCAAGCGACGGAACCAUCGACGUUUCCCAGUUGCCAGCCGGUGUCAUGUACACUGCCACAGGAGAAUGGGUUGUUGCAAGGCCAGACGAGGCUGCAUGGGAAAAGUUCCAGGCCAAGGCUAAGGCGGCCGCAGACAAGGCCGAAGCCGCAAACACAGGAAGCCAGGAGCUGAGCGAAAGAGGCUUGGAAUGUCCUAUUGACAAACGCAUGUUCGUCGAUCCAAUGAAAACUCCUUGCUGCGGGAAGACUUAUUGCCGUGACUGUAUCGAGAAUGCUCUUCUUGAAAAUGACUUUGUCUGCCCUGGUUGCUCUUCAGACAACACACUAGUUGACAAUCUCAUCUCUGACGAAGAGGCCGUAGACAAGAUCAAGGCUUACGAAGAAGACAAGGCAAAGAUGAAGCUAGAAAAGGAAAAGGAGAAAUCUGCUACCCCACCACCAACGAUUGAGCAACAAUCCACAGAUGAUGCUGCUGCGACUGAGAGAAAAUCAAACUCGCCGAAACCGGCAUCAGUAAACGGAGAAAAGUCCGCUACCUCGACUCCACAAACAACCACUGCUACCGAGUCAAAGAAGCGCCCCGCCGAGGACGAAUUGGAAAACACCAGAAUCCCUACUGGCCCUGCAGCUAUGCGAAAACAAAACAAUGCAUCUCAGCCACCGGUACAGGGAGGUGCUUUCGACCAAAACAAUUUCAUCCAGUCCAUGAACGCUCUCGCCAACCAGCAAGGAGGCAUGCCAGGCAUGGGUGGCUUCAACCCAGCCAUGGGAAUGGGCUUCCCUGGAGGUAUGAUGGGCAUGGCGCCGAUGAACAUGAUGGGCAUGCCUAAUCAGAUGAUGAUGAACGGAGGAUGGGGAAAUAUGGGAUUCAUGAACGGCAUGAAUGGUAUGAACGGAAUGAAUGGCAUGGGUUUCCCACAACAGCAGCAGCAACAGCGUGGAGGAAACAUGUACGGCGGCGGGUACAAUAACCAGAUGAUGGGUCAGAAUGGAGGCUACGGACAAGGCCAAGGUCAAGGUCAGCAAUGGCAAGGCAACCAGAACUGGAACAACACAAACAACAACCAACAGCAGCAAGGAGCAGAAGGCGACGAUGGCGCCUACAUCCGCCGCCCUGUCAACCCUCAUCGCCAUCAGGCACGCAACCGCAGACAGCGAUCAGUCGACUAUCGCGAGAUGUGA